GUUGUUAUUCAGAAUUGAAUUUUUAAUUUAAUUUUUAGUGUUUAUUUAUUUAAUUAAUUUAUUUUUUAAGUGCACUAUGAAUUUUAGUAUAGAAGAGCUUAGUAUAAUAGCAUUGCUUUUGGACCAGGACGAAAAGAAGGAAAAAAAAGACACUGGAUUCAUCCUAUAUGGAAGUUUCGAGACACCUAUGGAGAAUUUGCAACAUUGUAUAGAGAAUUGGUGGACUACGAAUUCAAAUUUUAUGAAUAUUUUAGAAUGAGCCAAAAUGCAUUUUGUGAUUUACUAACGAAAGUGGAGAAGUAUAUAAAAAAAAAAAGACACAUGCUGGAGACAGGUUAUUUCUGCAAGAGAAAGACUGGCGGUUUUUUUGAGGUAUGUUUUUGUGAUUUAUAAAUAACUAGCUGAUCACGAGCACUUCGUUGUGCUCUACGACUGUCAACAGUUUUUGGCGAUUUCUUUUUGGACAAAAAAACAAGAUACAGAUUAUUAUUAAUUUCAAACGACGAUUAAAUAGUCACUGAAUAUGUUUGUAAGUUGGCCAUAUUUCAUCGAUGAAUAUUCCUGGAUAAUGUAGGAACCAAUGGAAAUUGAAAAAUUGAAAAAUUGUAUUCGAACAAUGUAGACUCGGGUAAAACGAUCGUUUACCGACUUCAACUUUAAGAAUGUACUCGCGGUAGUCAUCGUUCAAUUGUUUAUAACAAGAGCCUAACACUUAAUUGUCCAAUUAAAUUCACGCGAGAGUGAUAAGUUUAUUUAAUUACUCGUCGUCACUAAUAAUAUAUGUGUGAUCUUUAGUGUGUACAUUUGUUGAUUUAAGGCUAGUUUCUUUUUAAGCCGUGAUUUUAGGACAUGGAUUCCUUGCUAACAACACGCAUCUUAAGUGACGCUGGGCAACGUUGAACCUCAGUAAUUAUCAACAGUUAUUGCGCCAUAUCAGUCUCAAUUAUGGUGUUGUAAUAACAUAUAUAUCAUUAUUACUAUUGUGAUCAUUCGUCUGUUCCGAAUUAAUGAACAUUUAAAACAUUUCGAAGUAUUAAUACUUCAGCCGUCGUAGAGUUAUUAUUUCAUACGCGAUUUAUUGAUCGAUUGUUUUUAUAUAGGUUUAUGGACAUAAAAAUCAAAAAUGUUAAAGUUUUCAUUCAGCAUAAUUACUUUGAUCGUCAUGUUUUCAGUUGCAGACUGCUUCAAUACAGAACCAAUGGUUUUAGAAUUUAGCUUAGAGAAAUUAUGUCUCGUGAAUUACGCCUGGUGUAUUAAAAAUUGUCAGUGUUGUUCUCGAAAAUGUAAUUCAAUUGUUAAACAAUGCUGGCCUUCACCAAAAUCUGAUUUUGAACAAUGUACACCAUUUAAUUGCAAACGUACUGGGGAUACAACGUGCUUUAAUAGUACUGAAUGUUGUUCCAAUUACUGUUAUAAAGAUCCGUCAUGGAUCAGUGGACAGUGUAGGGAACGUGGAAGAUCAGUAACAAGUGAUCAAAUUUCCCAAUGUUCUUUUAAAAAUGCUUUGGCCAAUACAGAAUACACAAUCUAUGGUAAAUAUGAUUGGGUUGCGAUUCACAAAACAUUACCAAUAAACACAUUGGUUCGAGUGUUUCUAAAAAAUGGAAAAAACGUGGUGGUCAGGAUCAUUGACAACGGUCCCUAUGGUAAGGUCCGUACGCUGGAUUUAGCAAAAAGCGUGGCGGAUGAGCUGAAUGUCAGCACAUCAUCUAUAGUACCGUGUGAAGUAACAAUUCUUAAUCAAAUCGGCUGUUUGGACGAUAUGGAAGAAUGUUUUACUUACAAAGAAUGCUGUACACAAAAUUGUAAAAAAGUUGAUGAUGCUGGAUAUUGCAACCCAUUAGAAAUCUAUGAACGUAUGGAAGAGUACAGCACCGAAGUGAACGACUAGGGAAGAAUGAAACUAGAAUCGAAUGACUAGGAUAGUUUCCGUUUAGAAUACAAUUAAUAUUAUAGUAUAAAAAUUUUUAAUUUUUUCAUACCCAGUCUACAGAGCCGACCUGAAGUAUUCUACUUCAGAUUAUUAUACUUCUAAGUAUAAAUAGUUCAGUUUGUAAUAAGUAAUGACCAUGUUAAGUAAAAAAUAAAAGACCAAAAUAAAUGUA